AUGCAUGUACGCGAUGCAUGCACUACUCGCCUUGCCUCGCGGUUCUGCUGCUCCGCUGCGCCGCGCCGUCAACUGCAGGAAUCGCAAGCGCCAUCGCUGUUCAGUGCCUGCAUUCUCCUUCCCCUCCGCGUCUGCGCGCACCGGGUGUCCCGCCGCCUGGGUUGGCCUCUGCUCCGUUCCACGAGCACGCGUGCGCACGCUGCCGUCCGGCUCGUAACCGCCCGCCGCGUUGGCCCUCCGCCCCGCUCGGCCCGUGCGUGCGCACCGCCGCCUGCCGCGCUGGCCCUCCGCUCCGCCGGACAUCCCAGUGCGCCUCUCCCUCUGCAGCUCCCGGCCAGCUCGCCCAGCCGCCUACCAUCCAACUCGCCGCGUGCCUCCGGCAAGCCGGGCCCGGCCUCCCGCGCCGUCUCCGCUAGCGGGCCGACUUGCCGUUCCCCGGCUCCUGUGUCAGCCUGCCGGCCGCGUGCCGCCUCCCCUCACCGCGUGCUCCUGGCCAGGACGUGCUUACGCUCCCGCGCUGGCCGGCCUUACACCCCGCUGACUAACCUCCGCAUCCAGCGCCGGCCCCGGACCGGCUCCCCAUCGUCGCCCAGCCACCUCCCGCGCGCACGCCGGCUGCUGCACCGGAUCCGGCCGUCCUCACCAUCCGAUCGCGCACGCCCCGGCGCCAGACCUCGCCCUGGCCUCGCCACUUUGCCCGCGCCGCCCCAGCUCCGCGGCCUCGCCUCGUCCCUGCGGAGCCCGUUCCGCUUCAUGUGCGCCCGCAGUCGGCCGCACCAGGCUCCCGUCCGGUUGGCCGCUACCGCGCCACCGUUCGGCUUUGGCCGCCCUUCUCUGCGCACUCCUCGGCCGCUUCCGGACCGCCCGUCGCCUGCUGCUCCGCACCCGGCUGUUCCCGUCGCCGCCCCUCCGGUGCGCCGGCUCGCCCAACAGCUGGCUCCUCCCCUGCCGACCUCCACCCGUUCGCACCAGCCGGCCGCGCCCGGCCGGCACGCGCUCCUGCUCCCCAUUGUGCCCCGCCGCGUCCGGCUCCCUGGUGCCGCCCCGCGCCCGGCCGGGUCCGGCUCCGUCCGCCUCCGAACGCCCACCCCAGGCCGGCUGCGGGUCGCUGCUCCAGCCGCCCGUCUUAGCCGACUGUACGAGAAGAGAAAAAGGGUCGUCUGCCCGAUGGCUAGCUAG